UCUAUUCUGUCCACAGUUCUCCUGAACAAGUUUCUCUUGGCCAGACCAGUUGCUGCUUUGACUACACCAACUGAGGACUAUCAUCAUCAACAUCAUCAUUAUCAUCAGACAUGUAAAUUUCACACGUCUCCCAGGAGUUUUGCUGGUUCAAAGGCCGCCUCUCUACACUGGACCAGCGAGCGAGCAGUCAGCAUCCUCCUGCUUGGACUCCUGCCAGCAGCCUAUCUGUAUCCUGGAGUGGCUGUGGACUACUCCCUGGCGGCAACUCUCACACUCCAUGGUCACUGGGGCCUUGGGCAACUUGUAACUGACUACGUCCAUGGAGAGACCUCCAUUAAACUGGCCAACGCUGGCCUCUACCUGCUUUCAGCAGUCACCUUUGCUGGCCUCUGCUACUUCAACUACCAUGACGUGGGCAUCUGCAGGGCUGUGGCUAUGCUGUGGAGCCUCUGAGCCCCGCCAACAGAAUCCAGCCAUUGUUCACUGCUGCCUCUGCUUCUUUACGUUAUUAUUGAGUCUUUGAGUGUGGGGAAGAGAGCCACAAAGGGUUUGCUCUGCAUGUAGCAGCAUGGCUCGAGGGAAACACCCAUAGCCAUGUCCAUAGCUGUAGCCAUUCAGAAAAUCUGGGAUUUCUUGCUAAGGAGAGAAUUAAAUCUGAAACAGGCCAGGAUCAGGGAAGAGCACCCAGGCAAAGCUUUGGCAUGUAUUGGGAGCCACUGCAGAUGGAUUGCUGUUUCCCUGUUGAACAGCAGCCUGGGUGCAGCAUCACUCAUUUUGAUACUGUCUCAUGUUUUUGGCCCUCUUGUUGCAAUGAAUGACGUACGUUAUGCGGCAACUUGUGCAAUGCAGAAGGGAAGACUUUUUUGUUUAAACCAUGUACAAUAAAGGAUUUAUACAACCCA